UCUCCCAGGGCCGGGGGAUCCUCCCCGGCUCAGAUCCCCAGCUCCUGGCGGGGUGGCAGCCGCAGUAGCAGCUAGCAUCAGUCCCUCUAGCCCGCCUGGGCUGGAUCGAACCCGCGCAGGGCAGACCCGACCCGACCCGAUCCGGUGUGGCGCUUUCCGUUCCGCAAGACUGCAAACCCUUUUUGGAGCGAGGAAGAGGAAGGGAAGGAAGCCGCGCCUCACAAAGUUUGCGUGCUCGUCCGGAGGGCGGAUUGCGGAUCCGGCCCCAUGCGGAGCGAGCGAUUCCUGAGCCGGGCUCAGGCGCUUAGACCCUUCGGAAUCGCAGCCUGGAGCUGCCGCCAUGGGCAGCUGCGUGGGGAGACAACGCAGAGAGCGGCCGACCACCCCGGGGCACCCGCGCAAGCGAGCAGGUCGUAAUGAGCCUUUAAAGAAGGAGCGGCCCAAAUGGAAGAGCGACUACCCCAUGACAGAUGGACAGUUACGGAGCAAGCGGGAUGAGUUCUGGGACACUGCACCUGCCUUUGAAGGCCGCAAAGAGAUCUGGGAUGCACUCAAAGCAGCUGCCUAUGCUGUGGAGGCAAAUGAUCAUGGGCUAGCACAGGCCAUUAUUGAUGGUGCUGGAGUUACCUUGCCCCAUGGCUCCCUUACGGAGUGCUACGAUGAAUUGGGAAACCGGUACCAGCUCCCCGUUUACUGCCUAGCACCACCUGUCAACCUGAUUAUGGAGUGGAGUGAGGAGGAGGGUGUGGAGCCUCCAGAGCCAGCACCCAACACCCGACGUGAGUUCCCUCUCAAAGUGCGCCUCUCCACUGGCAAGGACUUGCGCCUGAGUGCCAGCAUGACGGAUACAAUUGGGCAACUGAAGAAGCAGCUCUAUGCCCAGGAAGGACUGGAGCCAUCAUGGCAGCGCUGGUUUUUCUCUGGCAAACUCUUGACAGACAGAACCCGCCUGCAGGAGACCAAGAUCCAGAAGGACUUUGUCAUCCAAGUCAUCAUCAAUCAACCACCUGCGCCAAGGAACUGAGCCGGGGGCAGUUGGCAUGGGCCCCAUGCUGUGGCCCAGGGACUGAGCUGAAGCAUGUGAUCACGGGCGCCUGCUCCUUUGCCUGGGGAAGCCAAGGGCACCCUCAGAACCAGAGCUGCAAGAUUCCACAGCAGCUCUCGAGAAGUUGCACA